CGGAAUUGGGUCUGCGUCAGUCUCGGCGCGCGCGAAGCCUUGCGACGUUAAUGUUUAACCUAACCAAUCAGACUUAAGCAGAGCUCGCAGCUCGGCAGGCCCGCUCCUGCGUCACACAGGAAGAGCAUGCGCAGGGUGGGGCUCGCUUAUUUGAAUCCUGGAGGGCAUCUUUGGACUCCGGAGUUUCAGGGAUAGAGCGAUGCAUUGGAACAUGCACAAUAAUGUCACCUCAAAAGAGAGUUAAGAACUCUCAGAUACCAAAGAGAACUUCACAACGUAGUAAUAGUUAUCAGACUAAUCUCUUGGCCUGGAAAUUGAAAGAGAACCUAAGCAACUCAAAGAACAUCUCGAAACAUGGACAAAACAGUCCAGUGGAAGAAUCUGAACAUGCUGAUGCUGAUGAGCUAACAGAAGAUGCUCUGCAAAUAGCAAUGAGAUACUUUGAGAAAGGUCCCUUUAAAACUUCAUGGAAUAAAGAUAAAACCUUGGAAAAACACCUGAAAACUGUGGAAAAUGUGGCUUGGAAGAAUGGGUUAGCUCCAGAAGGGAUUGACAUUCUGUUAAAUGUGGCACUCAGUGGCAAAUUUGGGAGUGCUGUAAACUCUCAGAUAUUGAGAUGCAUGAUUCCAGCAACUCUAAUAUCAGAAGAUUCUGUGGUUAAGGCGGUCUCCUGGCUUUGUGCUGGCAAGUGUUGUGGUAGCACCAAGAUACUUUUUUAUCGUUGGCUGGUUGCAAUGUAUGACUUCAUUGAUCACAAGGAGAAAAUUAACUUGCUCUAUGGCUUCUUUUUUGCUUCAUUGCAAGAUGAUGCACUGUGCCCUUAUGUCUGCCAUUUCUUAUAUUUACUUACCAAAAAAGAGAAUGUCAAACCAUUUCGUGUGAGAAAACUGCUUGAUCUUCAGGCAAAGAUGGGAAUGCAGCCUUAUCUCCAUGCUUUGUUGUCACUAUAUAAGUUCUUUGUUCCCACUUUGAUUUCUAUAUCUUUGCCUAUAAAGAAGAAGAUAUAUUUCAAGAAUUCAGAGAACCUGUGGAAGACAGCUCUAGUUGCUGUGAGGCAAAGGAAUCAGGGACUUUCUCCAGAACCUCUAAAGCUGAUGUUAGGUCCAGCCAAUGUCCGUCCUAGAAAAAGAAAAUGGAAUUCUCACUCACUUAUACCAGUGCUAAAUUCUAGUAGCCACAGCAAAGAAUAUGGAAAAAAAGGAAUGUGUCUUUCUGAUUAUCUGUGUAGCAAUACACCAUUUCCGAUAGAACAGCUUAAAAGCUUCCCUCAACUCUUGCAGAACAUUCAUUGCUUAGAGCUGCCUUCUCAGAUGGGUGCAGUGCUGAACAGUUCUUUGCUACUUCACUAUAUUAACUGUGUCAGAGAUGAAUCAGUCUUACUGAGGCUAUAUCAUUGGUUGAAUCAAACAUUACAAGAAGAAUGUAUUUGGUACAAGAUGAAUAAUUAUCAGUGUGGAAAAGAAUUUACCAGCUUCCUGGACACUAUCAUCAAGGCAGAGUGCUUCUUACAAGAGGGGUUUUAUUCUUGUGAAGCAUUCCUAUACAAGAGCCUUCCUCUCUGGGAUGGCUUCUGUUGUCGACCACAGUUCCUUCAACUUGUGAGCUGGAUUCCUUUUACUAGCUUCUCUGAGGUGAAACCAUUUAUUUUUGACCGUCUGGCACAGCUCUUCUUUACAUCAACCAUUUAUUUCAAGUGUAGUGUUCUUGAGAACCUUAAAGAGCUACUGCAGAAUUGGCUUUUGUGGCUUUCUAUGGACAUCCACAUGAAAACUGUGAUGGACAGUUCUCUAGAGACAACUUUCAGUGGAUCCAUGAAGUCUGUGUUUGAACUAAUUCACUAUGUAGGGUGGCUGUCCACUAAUGCAUUGCGCUUGGAAAGCAACAGUACUUUCUUGCUGCACUUUGUUUUGGAUUUCUAUGAGAAGGUGUCUGACAUAUAUAUAAAUUAUAACCUUCCAUUAGUGGUGUUGUUUCCUCCUGGAAUCUUCUAUCUUGCACUCCUCAGUGUGGAUUCGAGUAUCCUGAACCAACUCUGUUACAUUAUGCACAGAUACCGUAAUAAUUUGAUAGCUGCAAAGAAAAAUGAGUUGGUACUAAAGAUAAAAUCAGAGUUCAUAUUCAGCAGCAAGACCUAUCAAGAAUAUAAUUACUAUUUGACAGCCAUGGUUCGUUGCCUAUGGACAUCCAAACCCUUUCAGAAAGGAUCAUAUUUUGAUCCAGAAGUCUUUAAGAAAAUUGGAGUUGCAAAGUAUAAAACCAGUUUAAAUUUAGUCCAUCACCCUGCUCUAUUGAAUUACGCUAUUUCCUUUUUGCUAAAGGAAUGGCCAGAAGAAAGGACAGUAAACCUGAGCUUCAUUCGGGGAAAGAAAUGGAAUGGGUAUUUGGACUAUUUAUUUUCAGAGGGCUUACAAAGCUUGAAACAUUUCAUACAAAGCAGUAUUUGUCAUUCUUCUGUCCCCUGAUCAGACAGCAAAAAACCCUAUGAUCAACAUGAAAUGAAUGCUGAGAGAAACAAACCAAGCAUACUGGACUAAAUUCCUUCAUUGUUGCCAAAGAGGCCAAGUGGCUCACCUUGAGUUUCCAUAUUUUUUUCAGCAACAGACUGCCAUCCUCAGGGAGUGAUUGGACUGGCUUUCAAUCAUGGCCCAGGAGAGCUUUGAAGCAGCUUUGUCAAGAUCUAGAUUCUUUAAUGCACUAGUGAAAAAUGAUUUAAUCGUCAGGCUCUGCUUUUUACCAAAUUAUAUAUAAAGAUAUAUCCAUUAUGUGGUGGGACUUUUCACAUUCUUGUGGUAUAUAAGCUCCCUUGAUGGAUGAUGGCAGGCAGUAAACAGUGGCAUUUAAGCCACAGACAUAAUUAUGCAAAAUACUCUGCUGCCUCUAUGAAUAUUGCCAUUUUUCUGACUGAACAAUAGCACCAGCACCAAGUUAACAAAUAGUUGGGUGAUUCCUUGGCCUUCACUGGUAGCAAUUUGGUGAGAGAAGGAAGGAAAGAGAAUUAUGGGAUAAUCAAGACAUUCCUAUUUAUUACUGCUUUGAUUUCAUGGAACUGCUCUAUUUUUUGUGUGUAUAUGUAUUUACUCCAUUUUGAGUAUUUAAGCACUAACUGCAACUUUAUUUUCAGGGGUGAUUCUGAAGCUUUUUAAAAGUUUUAUAAUAGCUGGAAUAUCUUGUUGAAAAUGCUUCAGUGCUACUGAAUAACUCCCCUUCUUUUAAUAAAAUUUAUACCAUUUGAGAAAAAUCAACCUGUUUUUUUUCCCACUUUAGGGCACAUCUUUGUAUUUCUUUGUUUUUCCUUUAAAGGAAAACAAAACCCUAAAAUAUAUUAUUGGAUAAUAUUCAGGAUCUAAUCCCAUGUAUUCAUUCAUUUUUGAAUUCAAUACAUAUUUGUUAUCCUUGCUAUGUACCAGGUACUCUUCUGUUUGCUGGUUAUGCAGCUGUGGCCAAUAUAAAGUACCAGUUUUUGUGGAAUUUACUAUAGCCCAUUGGAAGAGACAUACAAAAAUGUAAAUAAAUAUAAAAGUGAGGCACUGUAAAGAAAAAGCAAGGAAUAGAGACAGACUGUUGAGAGGGUUGCUAUUUUAGAUAAGGUGGUCAGAGAAGGCCUGUUUGAGAAUGUGACUUAUGCAGAGGCCCUAAUGAAAUAUGUGUAUGAUAAAAAAAAAUGUACUUGAAAAGUAACUAAAUAAAAUUUAAUAUUAAAAAAAAAGAAAGAAAUAUGUGUAUGAGCCAAGUGAAUAUUUGGGGAAAUAGCAUUCUGGGUAGAGGUAAGGGCAAGUGAAAUGGUGUAAAAAUAUUAACAUACUUGGGCCUGUUUGAAGAAUAGCAGAGAGGCCAGUAAGGUUAAAACAUAGUGAUUAAAGAAGACAAAUGGUAAGAAAUGAAAUGAGAAAGCCAGAGAGUAGUUCAUGAAGGUCCUUUUAGCCCAGAAUGGAUAGGUAAUGGAAAGCCAUUAGAAGAAUUGAGAACAGAGGAGUGGCAUAAAUUGACUUACCUAUAUGGAACUGUAGUGUGAAGAUUAUACUGACAAGGAUUUAGGGUAAAAGCAGAGAGACUAGGUAGGUUAUUUUACUAUUCCAGGCAAGGGUCUUAGGUUAGUGUAGUUGAUGAGGAAAUGCUGGUUAGAUAUUGGUUUCUGCCUCUACUUGAAAGAGAAAGUAGAAUCUGCUGAUAACUUGGGUAUCAGGAGAGGGAAAGAGAAGGGUAAAGGAUGACUCCUAGGUUUUGACUGAGCAACUGGGUGAGUUCUGGGAUACAGAGAUGAGGCAUACUGGAAGAACAGAUGUGGAGGAGUGUGGAAACAGAAGUUCUUUUGUGGCUAUGUUAGGUGGGAGGUUCUGAGUAGUCAGUUGAAUAUCCAAGUCUAGCUUUUUAGGUGCAAGCUGGGAGUGGCAAAAUUAAUUUGAGACUUACUAGUUAAUCACCAUGACAUUAGAUGAGAUCAGUUAGUACAGCUGGAAUACAGAGGGUGACAAAGGUCUGAUCCCUGGGGGUGUGCCAAUGUUAAAAAGUAGAGAAGGGGAGGAGCCAGCAAAAUAUUGAGAAGGACCCUCCAGUGAACUAGAAGAAAAGUAAGGAACUGGUGUGCUGGAAGCCAAGUGAAGAAAAGGUUUCAAAGGAGUAUUUAAUGAUGUGGAAUAUUGCUUGUAUACCCAGGAAAAAGAAGCGUUAGCUGCUUCAAAGUAAAGGUGAUAGCUUCCCCAAUAGGUAAUCUCAUAGAGUUCUAUUUUUUUAUGUUUGUACUUCAAAUAACUUUCCAUAUUGUUUUCAGAAUAUAAUAUUUUGAUCUUUAGAUCAAAAUUAUGUAGAACUUGCAGUUAUGAGAAGGGAUUCGAUUUAACCACUAGUAAUCUACAGAUUAUGAUGGCAAUUUUUCUAAACUUAUGUUUCAAAACAAAAUUUCCCUUCAGUUUGUUAUUUGUUCAAUAAUUAUUCCCUGGGCACUUUUUUGUGCCCCAAUUUUUGUUCUUGAUCAAUGUUUUAAUUCAUUUAAGAUUAGAUAUAUGGCUAUAUAAGCCAUACCUAGUUAUUUGAAAACUCUUUUUUGAAGAUCCUGCAUGGAAAAGUAAAACAAGAUUAAUGUAAGAAUAGCUGUUUUCCUUUGGUAGAAAAGAUGUUAGAAAAAAAUAGAAAAAUUUAUUUAUUAUCCCAAGAAUGUUUUCUUUACCUAGUAUUUGUGUAAAAUUGUUGAAGUCAUGAAUAUUGACUUAAUGUUCAAUGCUAAAGUUUUUCCUAUAUUUAUAACAUUUAUUUUCCUUUUUAACAUCACUUCUUUUUCCUCUUUGUCUUUGGAGUGAUCUGGAAAGGCAAGUAGAUAAGUCUGGUCCUCACAUAACUUUUAUUAACAUUGUAUAAAUUCUCUUUACAUUUUAUAUCAUAAAGUGGUUUACUGGAAGGAAAAAAAUAUUCUCUAAAAUAUGUCAUGUGAAAAAUUCUAUUUCUAAUAAAUAUGGAUGCUGUGGAUUAAA